AUGGGGCCACUCACUGGUGGACGAGUACAGGCAGUCAAGUCCACGACGUACAGGGCGGGCGAAUUUGCCUCUACCUUUGGUAAGAAUUCUUGUCUGCCCUAGGGAGGAAAUGCCACCAUACUGGUGGGCCUUAGGGGGAAAACAGGUGACCACCUCGCCCUCGAAGGUCGCCUGCCCGCCACCCCCGUGGACAUAAACAUGGAAGUUUUCUUCCCAAAGUUCCAGCUAGAUCAGAAGUAGGAGAUGCAUGAACUGCUUGAGCAGAUGGUAAUUGGAAGAAUCUUCCAACUCCAGGCUGACCUAUGUGACCUCUCCGUUGCUUCCAGAAACUGGAAAGUAUCCAAGGUUUUACAAAGAGCUGGGAUUGAAGUUGAUAAAAGAGGAGCUGAGGCAGUGACGGGAACCCUGUUAGAAACGACUGCUGAUUCCAUGCCUCCCAUCAUCCGAAUAGACCAGCCACGUCAUUUCAUGAUCUAUGAAGAAACCUCUGGAAUGCUUCUAUUUCGGGGCAGGGUGGUGAACCCAGCUCUCCUACGAUUUCAGACACGUGUGAGUACACGGUGCUCCAGGAGACGCCGGACCCGAGGUAGCCGAACCCACAUGGGUUAUUGGCACCUGGCGGCAGAAGAGAGUGUCCCCCUCGGCCUCUGCUGGUCUGAGCCAUCCUCAGAUAAAUCCGACUAUUAA